AUGAUCCGAUCGCUACACACAUCGGCUGUUCGACAGGGUCGUAAGAAGUGGCCCAAGCCGCUGCCCGGCUCCGUGACCGGCAACGAGUUUGUCAAAAAGCUGGAGCUCAAGGCCCCUAUUGCGCCUGCUCUGGACAAUAUCGAGGUACCCGAUUCGCAUCCUCUGUGGCAGUUUUUUUGCAAGGACAAGAAAAUUGUACGGGAUCAGCGGAGCUUUGACAGCAGCACGCGACCCUGGAGUGUGGCCGAGCUGCGACGAAAGUCGUUUGAGGAUCUCCAUGCUCUGUGGUACGUGUGUCUCAAGGAGCGAAACAUUCUUCUGAAGGAGGAACGAGUCACCACCCGAAUGCACUUUGAGAACCAGAACGGUGGUUACAGAAGCGAGCAUGACCGAGUCGGCGAAACCAUGGUCAACAUUCGACACGUACUGGCCGAGCGAUACAGAGCGUUUGAGGAGGUCCAGCAGGUGCUUCCCGAGGUGCGAGCCCAGGCCAACGCCGAAUUUGACGAAAAGUACGUCACUGCUGACGCCGUCUACGACAGCGAGCUGUCUCUGGAGCUCGAGCGACACCUUGUCGCCUACUACGGCUUCUCCACCGACCCCCGAGCCAACGCUGGCGUGCAGGUGGACGAGAAGAUUAUCGAGGCCGUCAAGUACGGUGCCAAGCUCAAGUACGAGCGAUACAGCGGAGCCACCGACGAGAACGGCAAUCCCAUUGCCAACCACGGCUUUGUGCACCAGCCCAAGCGAGACAUUUUUGAGCAGUACCUCAUGUUCCUGGCUAAUGACACCACCGAGGGAGUCGCCGAGGCCCUCAGCUACAUCAAACAGUACCGAGAGUCCAACCCUCUGCCCGUGGCUCCCUGGAACGCCAUCCGGGUGCUGCAACAUCUUGUGGAGGAGAAGAUGGGCGCCGCCGCCGUGUUUGAGGAGGCUCUGAAGAACAAAAAGUUGGAUCUGUCCGAGCAGGACAUUCUGGAGAACAUUCCUGCCCAGUUCCUUAACAAGCUCCCCAAGGAGUGA